AUGCAUGACCAGGCCGUGCCAGUCGAUGACUCACGGCCUGUCUGGACUCAAAUUGACUGUCUACAGAGUCACUUGGACAUGGACUGCGAUGUGACCCGCGGCCCUAUCUUCACCGACCGCAGAAUGGACGACGGCUUCCCCUCCAUUGAUGAGUGGGAUGAGAACGACAUGUGGGAGACGUCGACCACACUCGACGAAGCCGAGUUCCUCCUCGACCAACCCGUGCGGAAGGUCGCGAAGAAUGGGUGGAAGGGGACCCACCAGUGCGCAAGCUCUGGGAGCACCCAGGGCCCUGCGACCAUCGGGACCCUGCCCGAGGGAUACGACCUCAACGCGGCUGAGCGUGUCCGCGCUUGGAAAAGGGUCCGGGUAAUGCUCGGUCGGCACAAGGGGAAGAAGACGGGGUCAAGGCCCGUCCCCCGUGGAUUAUAG